UUGACUUUCACAUGGUCAAAGAGGCGGCCAACACCCUCUGGUAACCCUCUAAGCAUCACACAAUUUCCAAACCUUUUUUUAGCAGGCGAUUGUACGGUCUUUUUGGCUGAACCCUAGGACCUAGGCAUUUUGUCAGCUUUUCUGUUGAUUCGAUCAAAUGGAUGAAGGUUCAAACAUCACAAAAGAAUCAAGUUUGUCUUGUGCUCGUUGUGGCAAACUAGCUCAUCUUCAAUGUCCUAAAUGUGUGGAAUUGAAGCUACCUCGGGGAGAUGCUGCAUUCUGUUCUCAGGAAUGUUUCAAGGCAACAUGGAGCUCGCACAAGUCAGUCCACUUGCGUAUAGAGUCCCAACCACUUAAAGCUGAUGCAUCAGAUGAUCAAACUUCUGCAGCCCUUAAAAGGGGUUGGUUGUAUUGCUUAAAGAAAGGCCAAGCUCGAACCUCUAAACUUCCACAUUUUGAUUGGACAGGGUGUGUAUGGAAUGAUUUAUAUGUGCAAUUGUCUAUGUUAGUCUUCUAUAGAUGGCAUAUGUGUUUCUGUAUUUUACCUUUCAAAAUGGACUGGAAGAUCAGUGCAAAUCGUGAUAUUGAAGAUUUUCUAUUAUGUAUUUCCUCUCACGAGGUGCCGCAUAGGUGGCAAGGGGGGCUGGUCGCCUGGAUGUGCUGCGGAUAUCCAUCACCCCUGAACUAUCAUUUCUUCCCAAAGUCGUGUUGCACGUCAAUUAAUGAGGUUAUUUGCCAUGGAAUUCCAGAUGCCAGGAGACUCGAGGAUGGGGACAUUGUAAAUGUUGAUGUAUCAGUCUACUAUAACGGUGUUCAUGGUGAUCUCAACGAGACAUAUAUUGUUGGGAAAACGGAUGAAGCUUCUCAAGAACUGAUUCAAUGUACAUACGAGUGCUUGGAGAAAGCAAUAUCUAUAGUUAAACCAGGAGUACGAUUUCGUGAAAUUGGGGAAGUUAUCAAUCGGCAUGCAUUGAUGUCAGGGUUCUCGGUGGUGAAAUCUUACUGUGGUCAUGGCAUUGGGGAGCUUUUUCAUUGUGCUCCGAACAUUCUCCACUACGGAAAGAAUAAAGCAGUUGGGGUGAUGAAAGCAGGGCAAAUCUUUACAAUUGAGCCAAUGAUAAAUGCAGGAGUUUGGCGUGAUCGAAUGUGGCCAGAUGGAUGGACUGCUGUUACUGCAGAUGGCAAGCGAAGUGCCCAAUUUGAACACACCCUCCUAGUAACCGAAUCUGGCGUGGAGGUUCUAACAGCACGUUUGUCUUCUUCACCAAAUAUGUUCCCUUUGUUAUAAACCAUUUUAACUCUUGUUUUGCAAAUUUUCCUUUGUAGCACAUAAUUGAAACUCAUGAUCCACUCCCAUGCAACAUUCAAACAAUGCAUCAAUCUGAUGAUACUUUCAACAAAGUCCCUUUUUUAUCCAGAAAGAUAUUUUUUUGCGCAAUUCUGAUCGUGAUUACUAAAUAUCUGUAUCAAUGAGUAUUGAACAAUCGUAGUCUUGAGGUUCCAAUAACCAGGUAUCUUGGAGUUUCAACGCAU